AGCUGGUUCCAUUUCCUGCCAGACUAGCAGCAGAUGCUGCCAAAAGGCACGUGGGCAGACAGGUAGCUUGACAACUAGGGCAAGCAGCACAAAUGCAGGGCAGAGAUAACUAACGACUCAGAGAUGGCUGAUUGUCUGAGUUAGGAGCCUGGGUCGGGCAGAGAGUUGUUUAUUUUAAGUGUUAGAUUUAGAGGUGAAAGCAAAGGAAAGAAAGAAAGAAAAAGAAAGAAAGAAAGAAAGAAAGAAAGAACUUAAUUUUUUUUAACUAUUUCAAUAUUUCCGGUUUUUUGCGGGUUUUGUUGUACAGUUUGUGUGACGUGACUUUUUUAACAAACAUGUAUAUUUUUUUACAGCGAUAACCGGGGCUUUCAUUGUGCCAUCCUGCAAAAAAACAUUCAUCUCUGCAUUUCUACUUGCUUUGUCUUUCUUUUUUGGAAACGAUGAAAGGAGCCUUCAGCAACUCCACCGCCAGCACAAGCGAUCUGCAGCAGCCUUUGCCGAUGUUGUUGUUUUUCAAUCUCAGCCUUUAUUCUCCUUGUUCCUCUGGCUCAGUCGGAACACCUGCAGAUUCAGUACUGGAUUAGUUACUGUGUCCACAAUACAGCAUUUCCGUUGUAGUGACUUCCUGCUGGAUUACUGGUGGCAGGGGUGGGAUUCUGCAGGGUGAAAGAGGAGGGCAGGGAAUAGGCAGUCAUGGCUUCUAUCUUUAUGAGGCUUUUUCGGUUUGGUGGAGAGAAGAAGAAAGUGAAGCACUAUGAGAACCUGAAGCGGGACAUCGAUCCUGAAACAGACUGGGACACACUGGGAGAACUGGGAGAUGGAGCCUUCGGCAAGGUCUACAAGGCACGCAGCAAGUCGACUGGGAUCCUCGUGGCCUCCAAGGUGAUCGAGGUGAAGAACGAAGAGGAGCUGGAGGAUUACAUCACCGAGAUCGACAUCCUGGCAUCGUGUUGCCACGGCAACAUUGUCAGGCUCUUUGAUGCGCUGUUGUUCGAGAACCGCCUGUCGAUCCUCAUUGAGUUCUGUCCCGGUGGAGCUCUCGAUGCUAUAAUGCUGGAGCUGGAGAGGGGUCUGUCGGAGCCCCAGAUUCAAGUGGUCUGUAAACAAACGCUGCAGGCCCUAGAAUAUCUCCAUGGCAACAAGAUCAUCCACAGAGACCUGAAGACAGGGAACAUCCUGCUCACAAUGGAGGGAGACGUGAAGCUGGCUGAUUUCGGUGUGUCUGCUAAAAACACCAGCACUCAACAGAAAAGAGCAACCUUCAUCGGCACCCCCUACUGGAUGGCUCCAGAGGUGAUUCAGUGCGAGACCUCGAAGGACGCCCCGUACUCCUGCAAGGCGGAUAUCUGGUCUCUGGGGAUCACGCUGAUCGAGGCUGCGGAGAUGGAGCCCCCCUAUCACGAUCUGAACCCCAUGAGAGUGCUGCUGAAGAUCACCAAGUCCGAGCCCCCCUCCCUGUCCCAGCCCCGCCUCUGGUCAUCUGAUUUCAAGGACUUCCUGCGGCGUGCUCUGGAGAAGAACGUGGAGGCCCGGGGGACGGCGGGCCAGCUGCUGCAGCACAGCUUCGUGUCGGGGGUCUGCGGAAACGGACCCCUCAAGGAGCUCAUCGCAGAGGCCAAGGCUGAGGUCAUGGAGGAGGUGGAGGACGGGGGUAAGGCCGAGGCCGGCCAACAGCCUUCAGGGUCAGAGGCCACGCCGGCUUCUCAGAAUUACACACAACAUCUUUCCGGAACCAGCGAAGGCGAGACGCCCUCGAAAAUACGGCGCGUUUCCUUGGAAACGGGGGGAGGAGCUACCAUGCCCCGCCAGGGAACUGUCCCUCCCGAAACUGGAGGGACAGAGGGGGCAGGGGGUGAGGAAUCAGCAACGCAAACCCCCGCUGAGCCUACGGGACUCACAGACGCAGUUGAGAACGUACCCGAAGAUACUGUCAGCAAACCAGAAAUCAGCUCCCCUGAUCAGACCCAAACUCUAGGGGGAGAAGCAGAACUAAGCUCAGCUGGUCCGUCCCAAACCGUACAGGAAGGGUCUGCAGGAAACCUAAAACGGGCCAGACGCCUGUCCGACCCCAUUGCCUCACUGCCUCCCUCUUCCUGCAGCCAAAGGCGUUGCAAAUCCUACUACUGGGAUGAAGACAGGAUCCAGGAUCAAGAGUCUGUUAUCAGGAUGUUAAAGGGGGUCGAUUCACCCAAUGUGCUCAAUCUCCCCCCACCCUCAAGCUCAGAACACCUCGUACCCAAUGACCAGGCUGGGAGCAUCGUGUCUGCUUGUACCUACAGAGGGGCACUGCCUGGAACGGAAGGCAAUAGUUCCUUCACAGGGGAAGUCACCAAGGAACUGCAAAGUCAAGCAGCAUCUGCAGAGGGGUCUGGGAUAAGCAGAGUGGAGAAUGGGGUACACUGGGGUUCGGAUGGACCUCCUCAGGGAGAUACAGUCAUCACUGACUAUGAAACUGAGAAGGACAGUGUGGUUGGGCUGCUGGGCUCGGACUGUGCUAUUGGGGAGGGUAUGGAGAGUGUACAGAGAGUGGAUGAGACACCAGGGGUUCCUGUUGCUGAGCUUUGCAAACCAGACCAACAUGAUUUAGAAGAUCUACAAGAAGCAGAUCAGCCAUUGGAGUUCUGUUCUGGAGAUACCAAAGACUUCAAAACACUAGGGGAGAAAGCAGAGGGUCAUUCCACAGCUGGGGUGGACAGUGAUAGGGAAGACAGCGCAGACGGGGACACACAGAAAUCUGAGGUUGCCACCUUAGAGAACCAUGAUGGUGUAACUCUAGCCCAACAACUGCUGCCUGUGGUUCAAACUGACCCCCUUGGUCCCGCUUCUAAAGGGCACCUGGAUCUUCCUGGUAGCAGGUCAGCCAAACGCCCUCCUGACUUCACGGAGCAGUCGUACUUAGACUUGGCAGGGGCUCCCUGUGUAUUACGGGCAUCUGGGCACACUUGUCCUGUUGUGGACUCACUGGACUUGGCUGUGAAAGGUGUGCUGGUUGAACUUAAAGCAGCCCCCCUGGAGAAACCAAAGCGUGUUUUAGACUUGGGCAGGCUGAGCAAGGAAGAGGUCAGUGGUGUUGUCUCCCCAACUAGCAUAGAGGAGACUCCAGGACUGUUAGGAGUAGAGGAAUUCACAAAGGCACAGGUUGAGACUGAACCUGACAGGUGUAUGGAUGGGGAAAGCUUGGGUCAGGGGACCACACAAACUGAAGACACUGAAAAACCAGAAGUGGAGAAGACAUCUUCACAAGGGGAGGCCAAAGACUCCCUGACUGGAGAAGGGAAAGCUACGCAUGAGGAAAACCUGGAGAGGGAUUUGACACCACAGCUAGAUCUGAAUUCCCGGGAUUCUGGGAUCAGGAUUAAGGAAGGUCCAGGAGGAAUAGGACCAGCCGAAGAUUCCUUAAAGCCGACUGGGAUCCAACCUGGGAAUGACAAAGAAGACUCUCCUAGAAGUGGGAAUUCAAACGGGAUGAACCAGGAGCCACCAAUCUCCCUUUCUCCCGACGAAACUGAUCCCGCCAAACCGAAGAAAUCUGUGAAAAGAGUGAACUUCAUCUGCCAGGAAGAGGACCAGAGACAGGCAACAGUCAGGCUAAGAAACGAUGAGGAGGAGUCGCAAUUGGGCAGAGCCGCAGUCAAUGGCAUAGCAGGAUCAGAUGGGAAUCUCGCCCCACCCGGGGAGCAAGAAGACCCCCCAGAGAGGAACUGUGUCAACGAAAACACAGAGGAUCAGGAGAACUCUGCCAGUGGAAAUGGGGCUGGCCUUUAUUUCAAGAGUGCCCUGGUAAACGAGGGGGAGACUACUAUAAACAGGAAGACGGUUAAGAAGACCCGGAAGUUCAUCGUGGAUGGAAAGGAAGUGAGCGUGACGACGUCCAAGAUUGUGAGCGACAACGACAAGAAGGACGAGCAGCUGCGAUCGGUCAGACGUCAGGAGCUGCACGCGCUCAGACUGCUGCAGAAGGAGGAGCAGCGUGAGCAGACCCAGUUGGAGCAGAGGCUGCAACAUCAGAGAGAGCAAAUGUUCAGACACAUCGAGCAGGAGAUGACGGGUAAGAAGCAGUACUACGACCAGGAGAUUGAGAAGGUGGAGCGACAGUACCGUCAGUCCAGCGAGCGGAUGGAGCAGGAUCACACCGUGAGGCUGCGGGACGAGGCGCGGCGGCUCAAAGCUCUGCAGGAGAAGGAGUACGCGAGGCGCAGCCAGCUGCUCAGGACCGACUCCAGAGAGGAGCACAAGUUCUUGCAGAAGCAGCAGCAGGAUCUGAACGAUGCUCUGCAGAAAGCAGUUCAGGAGCACAAGAGAAAGGUGGCGGCUGUGGAGUGGGAGUCUCUCACUAAGAUCCAGCAGCUCAAGAGGGCCCGGGAGUCUGUGAUCUGGGAACUAGAACAGCGACAUCUUCAGGAGAAAUACCACCUGUUCAAGCAACAGGUGAAGGAGCAGUUAUCUCUGCAGAGACAGCAGCUGCUGAAGAGACACGGAAAGGAGAAAGAGCGAGCCAGUCGUUUCCACCAGUCCCUGCUGGAGGACCUGCGUUCCCAGCAAGCCCAGGAGCGCGCCCGGCUGCCCAAGAACCAGCGUUGCGAUGCCAAGGCACGGCUGGCCCUUUUCAAACAGAGCCUAAAGAUCCAGGGCGUAAGCAGUGGCGCUGAGCAGAGACAGCGCCUCACGCAGUUCCAGGCAGAGGAGGAAUCUCGUCAGAAAGCAGAACGAUUGAGGCAGCAGCAAAACCACGAGCAGCGGCUCAGAGAACUGCAGGAGCAGUGUGACAGCAACAGCACAGAGCUGCAGCAGCUGCAGAACGAGAAGCUGCACCUGCUGGUGGAGAGAGAGAAGAGGAAGAUACGAACUCUGGAGGAAGAGCACACCAUGGAGCUGAGCGAGUGGAGGGAGAGGCUGGCCUGUCGCAAGGAGGUGUUGGAGGAGGAUCUGGCUCGAAGACGCAAGACUAAGAACCAGGUCCCUAGGAGGGGCAGCGAGCCGGAGACCCGUGCUGGGAACAGGCUCUCCCGAUUCCUGCCCAGCCUCAGCUUCUCCGGCUAGCCUCCCGAUACCUGGAUAUCUGGAAUUCCCAACAUGGCUUCUUUGCAGGAAUUCCCAGGUGGAACUGUGGGAAAUCUGAGAGGGAAUGGAUUCUCAAUACCCAUUCAAGCCUCUCCUGCUCGCCUAUAUUGUGUGUGUGUGUGUUUGUGUGUGUGUGUGUGUGUGUGUGUGUGUAACCGGUAUAUAUAUAUAUAAGUAUGAAAGUCUGAAAGGUACAUACAUUGAAAAUAAUUUAACCCUUUUGUGUACAUCCCAAAAAACCUUGUCAGUAGCUUCAAAUGAUGUUUAAAAUGUAAUCAAUCUAUGUGGUUCCGGGUUCUGUUGCUCCAAAUUUGAGUUUCAUUGAAUUUAUCACAUUUCUGCCUCUACCUGGUUUUGAACUGCUUUCAGCUUCAUUCACGUGACAAUAUUAACUUUCAACUCUGUUAGUCCCCCCCCCCCCCCCCC